CUAUAGCAACAGGAAUAAAAGGCCGUUAUGAAGAACCUCACUCUCUUUGUCAGUUUUUUGUUACUUAUUGUCAGCGUAUAUGCUCAAUAUGAUAUCCACUGCUUAAAAGGAAAACAAGGUCCUGAUAAUGAACUAACCAUUAGAGCAUGCCAAACUCAAAGUGCAACCCCACACCAAGUUUGUUACACGUCCAAUGGUGAUGCCUGGUGUAUGAGUUUGAAGAAAUAUGCUGUGGAUGAUAUUAGACGGAUUUAUUGCAAGAACUUUAGAGUAAACUCUCACGCUGCACAAUCACUUGUGGUACAUGGUUGCAAAAAAGUAUUGAAUUAAAGUGCUACAUCUAUAGAAUUUAUUUUUAUAUCCAACAACAAACAAGAAAUCAAUCAUCUUAUUAUAUCUUAAAAUAAACUCUGUUUUUUAUAUCCAUCAAAAGAAAA